CGGAUUUGGAGGAGGCGGAGGAGGAAGCCGCCUGAGUCUCAGCCGUCGCAGCUCCCAAAUCUCCGACGCACACCCUUUUCCCAUAGCUGAUUCCAUCUUCUGACACCUAGUCUAUCCGAUUUGCAGAACAAUUGCAUUUAAGCCAAGGUUAUUGGUUCAGCUACAAUGGCUAUAGAUAGCGGUGCAUCGGAGCAGUCGCAUAAAGUUCACAGAUCUCGCCAGUCAGGUGCCUCCAAGAAGAAGAAAACUAAACCCCACAAGAACAAGGAAGAUAAUUCCGAUGAGAAGAAACAAAACCCUAAGGCUUUUGCCUUCAGUUCUAAUUCGAAAGCAAGGCGUUUGCAUUCUCGGGCUGUCGAGAAGGAGCAGCGCAAGCUUCAUAUUCCUGCUAUUGAUCGUUCCUAUGGCGAGGUCCCUCCAUAUGUGGUCGUUGUACAUGGACCACCUAAGGUUGGCAAGUCUCUUUUAAUAAAGUCACUUGUAAAGCAUUACACUAAGCAUACUUUGCCUGAGGUUCGAGGACCAAUUACCAUUGUAUCAGGUAAGCAAAGGCGGAUUCAGUUUGUGGAGUGCCCAAAUGAUAUCAAUGGCAUGGUUGAUGCUGCAAAGUUUGCUGAUCUAGCUUUGCUUCUUAUAGAUGGAAGCUAUGGCUUUGAAAUGGAAACGUUUGAAUUCCUUAACAUAUUGCAAGUUCAUGGAUUCCCCAAGGUAAUGGGAGUUCUUACUCACCUUGAUAAGUUCAAGGAUGUAAAGAAACUGAAGAAAACAAAACAGCGUCUUAAGCAUCGUUUUUGGACGGAAAUUUAUGAUGGAGCAAAAUUAUUUUAUUUAUCUGGUCUCAUUCACGGGAAGUACCCCAAACGAGAAAUUCACAAUCUUGCACGUUUUAUUUCUGUCAUGAAGUUCCAUCCUUUGUCUUGGAGAACUUCACAUCCUUACAUAUUGGUUGACCGUUUUGAAGAUGUGACUCCUCCUGAAAGAGUGCAAACUAAUAAUAAAUGUGAUAGAAAUGUUACUCUCUAUGGUUAUCUGCGGGGUUGUAACUUGAAAAAGGGAGCUAAGGUGCAUGUUGCUGGUGUUGGAGAUUACAGUUUAGCAAGUGUUUCUGGCCUAUCUGAUCCUUGUCCUUUACCAUCAGAUGCCAAAAAAAAGGGAUUGCGUGAAAAAGAAAAACUUUUUUAUGCACCCAUGUCUGGACUUGGGGAUCUGCUCUAUGACAAAGAUGCUGUCUACAUAAACAUAAAUGAUCACCUUGUGCAGUAUUCCAAAGUCGAUGAUGGAAAUGGAGGGGCAGCACGUAAAGGAAAGGACAAGGAUGUUGGGGAGUUCUUGGUAAAAUCACUUCAGAAUACACAAUAUUCAAUUGAUGAGAAGUUAGAGAAGAGCAAAAUUUCCCUUUUUGGUCAAAACCCUAAUUACUCAUCAGAAGCUCAAGGUGGUGAAAAGAAUUCCCUGGAAGGACAAGAGCAGAUUCAUGAUAGAGAGUCUUUGGAGCAAUAUCUGACUGAUGAAGAUGAUGAUGAUGCUAGUCAAUUUGGUGAAGAAAAUGAUGAUGAUUAUUUGGAUGAUUCAAGAUCUUUAGGUCAAGGGAAAGAUGCUCAAAAUGCAAUGCUCAAGAGUGAGGAUACUGAUCGUGUUGAAUUUCAUGGUGGUAGGCUAAGGAGAAAGGCUAUUUUUGGAAAUGAUGUUGAUCAUAAUGAUCUUAAGGAUUCAGAUGAAGAGAAUGAACAAGAUGAAAAUGAUGGUGAUGAAGAUACUGAGUCAUCUUCAAGCUCAGAUUUUUCUGAUGAAAGUGGAGAGGAUCUAAAACCAGAUGAAAAUGUCAUGGGAAACAUAUCGAAAUGGAAAGAGUCGUUGUUGGAAAGAGCAGUUUCUAGGCAAACCACUAAUCUUACACAACUUGUGUAUGGGAAAUCUGCAUCAACAUCACCUACCCUAGUCACUGAAGAGCGGGACAGUGGUGAGGAUGAAGAGGAUGAUGAUGAUGAAUUUUUUAAGCCAAAAGGAGAAGGGAAAAAGACAUCAAAAGGAGGACACGAUGAUGCAGAUUUUAAUCUUGAGGACUGUUCAAAAUUUACAAAUUAUUCAGAACCUAAUAAUUGGAAAGAAAAAGAAGUAUACGAGAGCAUUCGUGAUCGUUUUGUUACUGGUGAUUGGUCAAAAUCUGCUCUUAGGAAUCAGGUGUCAGAUGCUAAAACUGAAGAUGAAGACGAUGAGUAUGGUGACUUUGAAGAUUUAGAAACAGGUGAGAAGUAUGAGAGCCAUCUUAAAGAUGAUUCUGGCACUGAUGCAAUGGACAAGGAAGAUGAUGCAGUAAACAAGGAGCGGAGGUUAAAAAAGGUUCUUAAGCAUGCAAAAUUCAACGCACAAUAUCCUUUUCACUUGAAUUAUGUGCAAUUUGUUCUCUGAGUAUGAGCUCUUUUAGAAUAAUCCUGCCUUCUUGUUUCUCUGCGUACCUAUGCUUGGAGUUUGAGAUAGAAUGGGUGGUGUGGUUGAUCAAUCUCAUUGCUUUCUGGUUAUGCUUCUUAGUUCACAGGAUAAAUUGAUGGUUAUUGU